CGAGGCUUGACCAGUACUACUACGAGCAGACACUCAGGCUGUCUAAGCUGAAACCGAGCUGAAACAACUCAUAAAUUUAUUGGCAGGAACAUCAUGACUUUCGUAUAAUUUCACUGCUUACUUGCCAUGUCGCCCAUCAUGGCGCAUUUCGGUCGUACCUCUCACCUGGGUAAUCAUCCACUGCCACACCAUCGUUGUUUCUGGUAUCUGCCACUAUCUCUACCUGCUUGAUCUUAUCAGCUACUUGUUUCUCAGCUCUCCUUGUUAUUCAUAUCCCAGCCAAAAAAUCACAACAUGGCGCUUCAAUCUCGUCCAGUGCCUAUGAAUGCUUCGCCCCAUCACUCCAAGGUCAAGGUGUCCCUGACGCUAUCCGACCCCAUAUUUGUGGCUGGCAAUAAUAUUUCUGGAAAAAUGGAAGUCGAAUGUCGCGGCGAUGGUGAUUGCGGUCUUGGAAUUGGUCUUAUGAUGGUCGAAUUAUUCGCCGUCCAAGAAAUUACGUCUCGUGACCACUCAGGCACUUCCACCUUUAUUCAUUCUCGCAGACUGUUCCAAGGGCCAGGACUCCCGCCGUCGAAUGCGAUCCAAUCUGACUUCGAUCCUCCAGGAGAAUCGCACCUUCCGGCCCAUUACUACCCUGCACGUCGUGGUCUCACUACAUUUUUCUUUCGCUUUCCCCUCCCGCCCUCGUCCCCCGCCUCAAUAUCAUUCGGUCCUGCCCAAAUACGAUACGAAAUACGAGCCAGCGUUGGCGUUGCUUGGAGAGGAGAGAAACGCCUCGUGACUGAUCAUCAAUACGUCAAUGUAGUCGAAUAUUGCGAUAUACGAGCACCGUCGAAACGCCCUCAAGGUUUUGCUGUCACCGAGGGUGGAAACAUCUGGGCCCAAGCUUUUGUCACGAAUGGUCCCAUCAUUGCUGGAGAGGUCGCUUGCGUCGAGUUACAGCUGAAGAAUCAUUCACUCAACUGGACGUGUGGGGUUACGCUCACACUUUCCCGUGAACUUCGACUAUCGUCACCUUCUGUGGAUAAGGACACGUUUAAGAUAACCGACACAGUCACCGAGGUCGAGUUUAGGGGUCACGAGUAUAUGGUCCCCCCUGGCAUUGAGGGUGUUGCCAACUUGGUGAUUAAUAUCCCUCGGUCUUCCCGUGGAUCUCGUGGUGGUGCUCGCGUCGGUGAGAAUGGAAACACAAUUGACUGUUUGUUUGAAGUUCGUUGUAGCCUGAGACUCCGGAUCGAUAUGCCUAUUGGGAGCGAACCUGUCAUAAUCACAAUUCCGCUGGUCAUUCACCAUCCUUUGGCCAUACCUAAUGCACACGCGUCACCCUACGCCAUCCCUGCCACUUCACCACAGCCGUAUGCAUCACCUCCUACACACGCUUAUCUGCUCCCACCGCCUCCUGGUGCUUCCUACGUGGAUCCUCAUUUCUCAUCACAGCAAUACGACCCACUACAUACGUACUGGCCACCACCGUUUCUAAGUGCAGAUUAUAAGACUUUCACUCCUGCAUUUUCGGAGCAGCAUUAUCCUCGGGAUUUAUUUUCAUCUAAUCCACACUUCCAACACCAUACGCCACCACCGCCUCGACCAGCAUCAGCCGAACCUCACUCCCAGAUGCCGUAUUAUGAUACAAGCUUACCAUCAGGACUUCCUACAUCAGUAGCUCAUCUUCUGCUGCCUCAUCCACCUAUCUCAUAUCACCCUCCACAAGCUGCCGAAAGCAGCCCUCAGUACCUCGCAGAUUCAGAAGAGGGCAAAGGCACUCGUGCAUCUCGCAUCUCUCAAACGCUGCGUCUAUCCUCUCGACACCGCUCAGUCUCACCACUAUCGCACAGAUUUCCCUUACCUCAGCCCUCUGCUCAACACGUGUCCCCUGGUCGCCCGUAUCUUGGUGCAAUUCAGAUUUCCACCCUGCCUAAUCCUUACGACUCUCAAGGUGCAUUACACUCACCACGCCCCAUCCCAUCACCAAAACAGUCCUACUCGGGCCCUUCUCCACGCAGCGAAAAUGUGUGUGCCCUGGAACGCAUGGCAGACGAAGUCGGCAGGCAUAGCGGCGAUCUAAGCGCAGAUCUUCCAAAGUGCGCGGCAAACGUAGACUCGAACGUGGAUAAGAUGCUCCCUAGUCCUCCUGUUCCAUCUGGUAAACGACCAUUACGCGUUCAACAGCAGGUCCAGGCAGCAUUUCCCGAUAUUACUGUUCCUGGUUGCUCUGCGCCCAAAUCCGAGUUGGAAUCUGCUUGCCCCCCUCCACCGAUGCCACCACUCGCAGCUAUAACUCCUGUCAAGUUCCCGCGCGCACCGUGUGAGUUAUCUGGCCUGAGCACCAAGUAUAUCAAGGGCUCCCCGCAGGAGAGCGGCUUGGACGCCCUCGAGCGGCGCCUACUCGCAGAGGUAGGGACGCGCCGCCAGGACGUAGGUGAGCUGCGCCCGGAUGUGUGCAGCGUGGUGCAGCCAAUUAAGAUUCCGGCCAGUGGGGCUCCCGCGGGUGUGAAUGACAGUACCAUAUCGAGUCUGACGCUCGCGGAUCGUGACGCUUUCCUGCGAGGUGACGAGGACGAGCGAGAGCAGGAGCAAGAGCAGGAUCAUGAUUCAGACGAGAGAACACAGCACCGAGGUGGACGUCACAGUCAAAGUGAUGAUGAACGCGAGGUGCGCACCCAGAGGGGACGGGGAAAAGUAAAGAGCAAACAUAAUGAUGAGGAUGAUGAGAGGCAGGUUACGCAGAAGCGGAAGAGAGGCAAGGUGGGUGAUAUGCGGAAACUGCGUAGUGAGGUCAAAGGGCGGAUUGCAGCAUGGCUAGGGGAGAUCGAUACAAGCCCACCGCUUGUGGAUGAUUCGUUAUCUAUGGUGUCGCCCACUGCAUCCCACUUCGUUCCCAUCACUGACAACAAGCCUUUCUCGCCACCUUCAUUGUCAGAAGACCUGUUACCAUUGUCGGGCGAUCAAGAACUUGGAGGAAUACCAUUCGACAACGACAUUUCUGCAGCUCCCAAUCCACGUUCAUCUGGCUUCGUGACUAUUUCUACGCUCAAGGCUGCUGGCACUGGACACUCUACUACGCCUGCACCGGAAAAUGUGCAUAGUAGCUUUGAUGGAGAAAAGAAAAAUCCCGCCGUGGAGUUGUUGGCACCGGGUCCAAUCUUGAGAAGGAUGUCCACGGGCCAGUCAACCACUGUAACACCUGUUGGCUCUCUUUUGAAUGCUCCGCUUGCAGGAUCGAAAUCCCCUGACAUAACAAGGGCUGAACCCAUAUCCACAGUUACUCGUCAUUUCUUAUCGCCUCAUCACUCGCGCCAUUCCCCCAAACCACCUAGCCCAGAGGUGAAGUAUAACAUCCGUUCUGCACGCGGAGGGAAAGGCGGCAGGGUCACUGAAGUUGCUUCGCUAUGGGCCGCAAAAGCAGAUACGACUCAGAUACAGGCGAAGAAAAAUGAGGCUGCUCAGCCCUUGAGAAAACCUGUUAACCAUGGUGGAAAAUUAUCCGUCAGGUCCCCACGGUCAACAUCGCAAACUCAGGGUCCGGCCGAUACGAGCAGGGAGGGACGCGGGAAGGCCACAAAAGCAACAACAGUUCCUGCUGUCAUUUCAUCGUCUCAUGCUGUGCCCAUGCUUUCAUCUACUGCUUCUCUCGCUCGUGCAUCACCCAACCCCAGGACCCCAGCAUCCCGUCCUCUACCUCCAAUGAUUUCGGAGACGAUAUCAAAUCUUAGAAGUGUUGUUAAGACACCCAUUCCCAGAGUUACUCGCACCCCUGGUGACCUUGGAUUUGGUCAGGCGCGUCUCAGGGACUUAAUCAAGAAAUAUCAAGGAUAAUUUGCUUGUUCGUUACUGUAUGACCAAUGUAUGUGCUACUUUGACUUAUGUUGUUGUUUUAUUUCCUUUGCUUGUUUUGUUUUUGUUGUCUUUUUUUGGCACUGUCUCGAUUGAUUUGCGA